CCCGCCCUCCCGAGAAAAACGCCGACCCGGGCCCGCGAGGGCCGCCGCCACCCCGCAGCAGAUUUGGAUCCCCCGCCCGGCGAGCCCCAGGCUGCUGCCUCCCGGGGGGCCCCGGCGCAGCGGCCGCCCCCCGAGAGCCCCGGCGCCCCGCCGCCCGGCCCCGAAGACGCCGGCAGCGCCAUGGCGGCCGCCAAGCCCGGCGAGCUGAUGGGCAUCUGCUCCAGCUACCAGGCGGUGAUGCCGCACUUCGUGUGCCUGGCCGACGAGUUCCCGCAGCCCGUGCGGCCCGCCAAGCUGUCCAAGGGCAAGGGCCGGCUGCGGCGGCCGCGCCAGUCCCGCUUCAAGACGCAGCCGGUGACCUUCGACGAGAUCCAGGAGGUGGAGGAGGAAGGGGUGUCCCCCAUGGAGGAAGAGAAGGCCAAGAAGUCCUUCCUGCAGAGCCUGGAGUGCCUGCGCCGCAGCACGCAGAGCCUGUCGCUGCAGAGGGAGCAGCUCAGCAGCUGCAAACUGAGGAACAGCCUGGACUCGAGCGACUCCGACUCGGCCCUGUGAGGGGCGCUGCCCGGGGACCCGCGAACCCGGCCCCAGAGGGCCCGCGCUCCGCGCCCCGGGGGCCCGCGAGGACCGGGACCUCUCGCCGGGCUGCGAACUGCUCGGUGCGCCCCGCGCUGCGCCGCUCCCGGGCCGGAGCACGCGGGGCUGCCGGGGAGGGGGGCCGCUUUCUUUGCCCUUGUAAAUGUUUAUUUUUUAACUCUUCCCAGUACGGACUCUGCCGUGAGUGUGUGCGGGAGGCGCGCCCGCGCUGAGUCGGCGCUGGGUCGCCGGGGCUUCCCCGAGAGCCGCUCCACGCCCUUGUCUGAGGGUCUGCAACUCCGAUUCCGCUCACCGCUCCGCCGUGCCCCCUUCCCCAGCGCUCACCCGUUCACACUCACGCCAACACACUCUCGCUGAACACUUUUAUAAUUGUUAGGCGCGGCUGAUGGGACUUGGGGCGCAGCUGCUGCUGCGGCCGGAGGACUGAUAUUUAUUUUUGCAUUGCGAUGGCUGACGGCGUUUAUUUAACGAUCUUUUUACUUGGAUAUGUCUGUGAGGCUCCCGAACGGAGACAAAUAAAGUCAAUAUAUUUGCACAGUG